AUGUAAAAAAUUGAUCAAAAUCACAAAUACAACUUCGAAUUGGAUUUGGAACUCAAAGCUGUAUAAAAUGAGGAUUUUGAGUAAGAAUAUUUAGAACAUUGCUUAAGAGAUACUCGUAGAUAAUUAUCAAUAAGCAAUAAUCAAUAUGCUCAUAAUCGUACAAAAAGUGAUAAAAGCAACGAUGGUUACGAUUUCAGAACGCCAAAAUUAACAACUCACACAAAUCUCAAUAACGCUGUCACUUCUGAAGCUCAAUAAAGUCACGUAAUAACGCCUAAGUAGGUAAAUCAAGAGAAACCAAAAAGUACAGGGUCUAGCAUUAUGCAAUUCUUUUUUAUAAGACGUUUUUUGGAAAAACUUACCUUUCAAAGUAAAAGAUUGUAGAAUUUAAACCUCACCCAUUUAAAUCUUAUAGAUGACAAAGCCUCAGAUAAAGCUAGCCUGUUAGCUUAUAAGUAAACAAAAAUUUAAAAAGGAUUAACAAUCAAUUAGUUAAAUAGAAUUGUGUAAACGAAGAUAGCAAUAAAAGAGAGAAAGUGGGAAAGUUUUAAGAGAAAUCUACAGGAAGGCAAACAAAAAGCCAUAAGAUAAAUAACAAACAUGGCCAAUAAAAUACCACUAGUACAACCAGAGGACGAUUUCAAACUCUAUUGGGACAUUUUCGCUUCGUUAUUCAGAGUGAUCCUCGUUCUUCUGGUGCCAUUAGAAAUCUCAUUCCAUACCUAAAUUCUAUUUCAGAAUUAAAUAGGACUAACAUUAACCAUCCUAUUUAUCUUGCAAUUAGAUUUGUUCAUUAGGAUCAACACUCUCUGUUAUGAAAAUGGAAAGGCGAUAACAGAUCGUUGGGAGAUCAUAAUUCGUUAAAUUAGUAAAUCUUGGUUUACUGAUUUCUCAUUAAUAGUAAUAAUAGUGGUAUUUUUAUUCAAUUCCAAUGCCCAAGAUGCCUAUGAUUUGUUUUUGCUCAUUUUGUUGACUCAAUACAAACAUAUCUUUGAGGCUCUGUCAAAAACAGAUCAAAUCUCCUAUUUCACUAGACCUUAGAGAGGAAUAAUAGGAUUAAUCAAAUUUAUAACCAGUUUAUUUUAUAUCAUGCACAUAUUUAGUUGUAUUUGGUUCUGGUUCAGUAGUAUUGAUAAGUCUAAUUCAUGGAUUUUAACUAAAGACUUAGAUGGGUAGACUUGGCAACUCCAAUAUUUGGAAUCAAUUUACUUUGCAAUAGUGACAAUGCUCACAAUAGGUUACGGAGACAAUGUGCCAAAAAAUUCAAUAGAGAAAAUUGUUGCAAUAAUAUUUAUAUUGGGUGCUUGUUUAUGGUUCUCUUACAGUAUUAAUUUUAUUGGUUCAAUAAUGAAUGAUAUCACUCAGAAUCAAGUGGAGAGGAGUUAAAAGAUGAGAGUCAUCAAUAAAUACAUGACAUAAAGGAAGAUUCCAUUUAGUCUGCAACAUCAAGUCAAGGAAUACCUAACGUACAGGUGGAAAGAGGAUGAUGAAGUUGAUUUGCAGAUGGAGCAACUCUUGUUAGAAUAAUUAUCUGAUGAAUUAAAAGAGGAAUUGGAGAAGUAGGCUUACAAAGUCUUUAUCCAAAAAUCAGAAUUAUUACAAAAACAAUUUUCCUUGGAAUUUCGAAAUGCCUUAUUUAAAUCGAUUAAGCGUAAGAUUAUUUAGCCAUAACAUACAUUUUAAAGUGAAAUCAAUGGACUAUAGCACCUUUGUUUCGUAGAGUAAGGUGUUUUGCUGUAUCAACAUAAGGAUAGAAAACAGAGAUCUAAAAUGAAUGCCUCUGUUCAUUAAGGCUAAUUCUUUUGUGUAAGAGAAUUCCUUAUGCAAACCCCAGAAUAUGAAAUCUUCAAAGCUCAAAGUUAUGUCAGUCUACUUGUCCUAUCUAAAUAAGAUUUCUUAGAAACAUUGCGAGAUUUUCCAGAUGAUUUUCAAAAGUACUGUUAAUUAAGAGAUUCCUACUUAUUGGAAAAUGAAAAUUGCUAAAUUCAAUUCAGCAGUUUCUGUCCUGCUUGUAAUAACUUUGAUCAUUCUUUGAAAAGUUGUUGCCAGAUCUAAAUGAUUCCCAAUAAAGAAGUCAUCAUUAAAAAACACUAAAUGACUGGAGAAUAAAAAAGAGAAGUCUACCAACGUAAAAACUUCGAUAAACCAAUUCAAACUAGGGCAGAAUUAACAUAUGUUUAAGAAUGUGCCCUUUACUUUUAAACGGAGAAUCAAAAUCAAAUCAACGAGUAGUCAAAACUCUAAUUGGUGUAUGAUCAAGAAACUGAAUCAUAUCAAGGCAACUCAGAAAUACAUAAUGUCUAUGAUCCUAUGCCUUCUCUCAAUAUCUUCCAGAUCAACGAGAUUUCAAGUCCUCUCAAACCUCCAUAAAGCAAGACUUUUCCUAAAGUGGAAUUUGAUGAAGAAAAAUAAAAGGAAAAAAGUGAAAAUUAAAAAAGCACUUUGCUCAUGGCUCAGAGUUAAAGAAUGAAUAGAAAGGGUUCUGUACCUUCAAAAUUACUUUAAAGAAGAAAUACAAAAUCCCCCUCUAUAUUAUUCUCAAUGAAUGAGAUUGCUGAAGAAGCUAAUGAAACUACUUUAAUUCAGCAUGAGAGUGAUCGCCUCAAAAAUGUGAAUAACUUCAACUAUUAUAUGAAAGAGAACAUAAAAAUGUUAUACAAUAAACUACUAAAGUUCUCAGAUGAUAAAUCUCCUCCAGUCCAUUUAGCUAUAAAUUCACUCCAAUAUAUUUAUUGGAAGUAUAAUGCAGUUACAGUUGAAGAUUUUGAAUCCAUAUUCAAUUAUGAUCACUACUUUUCUCAAUAAAACUCCAUGAACACCAUAGAUAUGGCUAAUAAAAAUCAGCAUGCUUGGCAAUAAGAAAUCAUAAGUAAAUUUUCUAAAUAUCUUUAUUUUCCUUAUUAAUUUAUCAACAAAUUCUUGAAACUCAAAAGACUUUAGUAAUAAACUGCUGCCAUAAAUGCGGCAUCAAAGUUCAAAAAAAUUCAGAAAAAAAUCUGGUUAAUCCAAUUAAGAAAUAAUUUGUCUUCAAAAAAAUUGAUUUCAUCCAGUAAAAAUAUAAAAUUAAACAAAUCAAAGAUGAAUUCGAUUGUUCCAUAUACUGGUGAGAGUUUGCAAUCUAUUUAAAUAAGCUAAAGUUGA